UAUUUUAAUCACACUAUUUCUUUUAGUCCUACAGGAUCACAUGUUGAAUGGUGUAAACAGCUUAUAGCUGCUACAAUUUCUAGUCAGAUUUCAGGUUCAGUGACAUCAGAAAAUGUAUCCCGAGAUUACAAGGUUUUCAGGAGGCCUGAUAUAAGGCACCUUCAUAAAACAAGACAAAGAUUGGCUCUAAGGGAUGGAAAUAAGCUGGCACAGAUGGAAGAAGCCCCGCUUUUUCCAGGAGAGUCAAUCAAGGCCAUUGUGAAGGAUGUCAUGUAUAUCUGCCCAUUUAUGGGAGCAGUGAGUGGAACCCUGACAGUGACCGACUUCAAGAUGUACUUCAAAAAUGUAGAGAGGGACCCGCAUUUCGUCCUUGAUGUUCCCCUGGGAGUGAUCAGCAGAGUUGAGAAGAUUGGUGCGCAGAGCCAUGGGGACAAUUCUUGUGGUAUAGAGAUUGUGUGCAAGGAUAUGAGGAACUUGCGACUUGCUUAUAAACAGGAAGAACAGAGCAAACUGGGGAUAUUUGAGAACCUCAACAAACAUGCAUUUCCUCUUUCCAGUGGACAGACACUCUUUGCAUUCAACUAUAAAGAAAAAUUUCCAAUUAAUGGAUGGAAAGUUUAUGAUCCAGUAUCUGAAUAUAAGAGACAGGGCUUGCCAAACGAGAGUUGGAAAAUAUCCAAAGUAAACAGUAAUUAUGAGCUCUGUGACACCUACCCUGCCAUCAUUGUUGUGCCAACUAGUGUAAAAGAUGAUGACCUUUCAAAAGUGGCAGCCUUUCGAGCAAAAGGCAGAGUCCCUGUGUUGUCAUGGAUUCAUCCAGAAAGUCAGGCAACGAUUACCCGUUGCAGCCAGCCACUUGUGGGUCCCAAUGAUAAACGCUGCAAAGAAGAUGAAAAAUACUUGCAAACAAUAAUGGAUGCUAAUGCACAGUCUCACAAACUUAUCAUCUUUGAUGCCCGACAGAACAGUGUUGCUGAUACCAACAAGGCAAAGGGUGGAGGCUAUGAAAGUGAAAGUGCUUACCCCAAUGCAGAACUUGUGUUCUUGGAGAUCCACAACAUUCACGUGAUGAGAGAGUCACUACGGAAAUUGAAAGAGAUCGUGUACCCUUCCAUCGAUGAGGCACGGUGGCUGUCCAACGUGGAUGGGACACAUUGGCUGGAGUAUAUAAGGAUGCUUCUUGCUGGGGCAGUAAGAAUUGCUGAUAAAAUAGAAUCUGGGAAAACUUCGGUGGUGGUGCAUUGCAGCGACGGUUGGGACCGAACAGCCCAGCUGACGUCUCUGGCCAUGCUGAUGUUGGACAGUUAUUACCGUACCAUUAAAGGAUUCGAGGCUCUCAUAGAAAAGGAGUGGAUAAGCUUUGGACAUAAGUUUGCACUGCGUGUGGGCCAUGGCAAUGACAACCACGCAGAUGCUGACCGAUCCCCAAUAUUUCUUCAGUUUAUUGAUUGUGUUUGGCAAAUGACAAGACAGUUUCCUUCAGCGUUCGAGUUUAAUGAACUAUUCUUGAUUACAAUUUUGGAUCACCUUUAUAGCUGUCUCUUUGGGACUUUCUUGUGCAACUGUGAACAGCAGCGAUUCCAAGAGGAUGUAUAUACAAAGACUAUAUCUUUAUGGUCUUAUAUCAAUAGCCAGCUUGAUGAAUUUUCUAAUCCCUUCUUUGUGAAUUAUGAAAACCACGUCUUAUAUCCUGUUGCUAGUCUGAGUCAUUUGGAAUUAUGGGUAAACUAUUAUGUGCGAUGGAAUCCACGAAUGAGGCCUCAGAUGCCAAUCCACCAGAAUCUCAAGGAGCUGCUGGCCGUCCGGGCGGAGCUGCAGAAGAGGGUGGAGGACCUGCAGCGGGAGGUGGCCACGCGCGCCUCGUCCUCGUCCGAGCGGGGCUCAUCGCCGUCCCACUCAGUCACUCCUGUCCACACCUCGGUCUGACGGGCCCAGAGGCGGCCGUCCCGGCAAGUCCAGCCGUCAAGAACAGACAGCCUGCUGCUCCACUGCUCUCCCCAGCAGCUCAGCAAGGGACCUGCCGCCCGUCCUGGCUGUAGCUUGUGUCUUGCCUUUUAGGAGUAGGCCCAGUGCCCUCGCGUCUGGAUGGCACUUCCAACCAGUGCCCGUUUGUGUGGCUAGGGGACAGCUCCCACGGUCGUCAAGCGCGUUUUGUUUUGUGAGCCCUGUUUCCUCCUGUCAGGGUCUUC